AUGUUGUAUUUUACGAGAAACUUUAAUUACUUUACUAAACGUGGUAUACGUGGACCCAAACCAGUGGUGGGCAUUGGGAACCUCUGGGAGUUGAUGUUCACACCCGUGGCUGAGCUCAAAAUAAAGCGCUUUAAGAAAUACGGCAAACUCUAUGGUGUUUUUGAGGGCAACCGACCGGUGCUCAAAGUGGGCGAUCCGGCGCUCGUCAAAGAGAUCCUUCAGCGCGAGUCCGAUGUGUUUCAGACCCGACGCGACGUCUCUAACGCCAAACACCCGAUUGUGGACCUGAUUAUAGGCAAGAGGGGCGACGAGUGGCGCCGAAUGCGGUCCACCGCCAGUCCCAAGACUACCGGCCAAUUGCGAGCGUUAUAUCCUUUGAUUCGGCAAUCGUUGACCGAAUUGUUGACUACUUUAACAGCACACGUGACUCAUAACAAGGGCAACACUGUAGACAUGAAUGCCUGGUUCGAGCGCUACGCUAUAGACGUGUUGGCCCGCACUCUGUUUGACACAAACACCGGCGCCUACACCGACCCAAACGACCCGUUUCUGGUGAACGCGCGCCGAGUUUAUCGGCCACCGCUUUGGAAGAUUGUGGUCACUUUACUUGUGCCCACUCGAGUGCUAAACAUAUUGAACAUUAAGACAGAGACCGACGACAGAGCCGUCGACUUUUGGUACGAAAUAUCGCAAAAUCUAUUAAAACGCCGAAAACAGGACGAGAAGAGUGUGGGCUCUGGACUGAAGAGCACCGGACAUGAGUUGCUGUCCGACAAUGAGUUGAUUUCGCAGUUAUUCGCGUCACUCAACGGUGGCUUCGCUUCGGUCGCCUCUGCGCUGGCCUUUUGCUGUCACGAGUUGGCACUCAAUGCGCACAUUCAGGACCGACUGCACCGGGAAGUGACCGAUGGUCUGCCGCCGAUGGACGCCAUCGACCACAACAACUACGAUCUG